AUGGGUUUUUACYAUGAGGAACUGUGGAGCAGUCUGGGAGCAGAGCAGCUGAAUGUGAAGGAGGAGACUGAUGUCAGCAGGUUUUCAGUCACUGCAGUUACCUUGAAGAGUGAAGAUGAUGAAGAGAAGCCUCUGUUGUCACAGCUUCAUCAGCACCAAGUGGAGGACAGAGAUCUUCCAAGCAGCAGCUCAGCUGAUGGAGAGGACUGUGGAGGAGCAGAAACUAGCAGGAACCCAGAUCUACAGACUCACAAAGACCAUUCCAGCUCUUCAGAGACUGAACUCAGUGAGGAUUAUGAAGAGGACCAGGAUGUGGACGAUCCUGACUCUCAGCUGAAGAACCUGUCAGACUCUGGGUCAAAAACUAAAGACAGUAACAAAGAGUGGAAGGAGAGCAGGACUCCUGAGUCAGCUGUAAACACUGUCAACAAACCUUUGAGCUGCUCUGAGUGUGGUAAACAGUAUGUCAACAACAGGUCUCUGCAGAGACACAGGACAUGUCCACCAGGAGUAAAGUCUUCAAGCUGUUUGGUUCAUGAGAAAAGUGAUGGAGUGAAGAGAAAUGUGGAACCACGCAGGAAAGUUCAGAAAAAACUAAAAUCAUUUAAAUGCAGUGACUGCGGUAAAAUAUUUAACAGCAAAAAAGAUCUAAAGAUUCAUAUGAGAGUCCACACAGGAGAAAAACCUUUUCCUUGUGAUGUCUGUGGACAAAGAUUUAGACAAAAAUGUAGCUUAAGCUCUCACAUGAGAAUCCACACUGGAGACAAACCAUUUUCUUGCGAUGUUUGUGGACAAAAGUUUAACCAAAAGUCAAGUUUAAACUCCCACAUGAGAGUCCACACAGGAGAAAAACCGUUUCCUUGUGAUGUUUGUGGACAAAGAUUUAGGCACAAGUCAACUUUUAAUUUACACAUGAGAGUCCACACAGGAGACAAACCCUUUCCUUGUGAUUUUUGUGGACAAAGAUUUAGCCAAAAAGGUAGUUUAAGCAGACACAUUAGAGUCCACACAGGGGACAAACCGUUUCCUUGUAAUGUUUGUGGACAAAACUUUAACCAUAAGUCAAGUUUAAACUCACACAUGAGAAUUCACACAGGCGACAAACCAUUUCUUUGUGAUGUUUGUGGACAAAGGUUCAUCCAUAAGUCAAGUCUUAACCUUCACAUGACCGUCCACACAGCAGAGAAAAUAGACUCUCCAUGAAGUUUAAAAAAGGUUCAAAAGACCCAGAUGAAAUCAAACCAAACUGGUUGCUGUUUGUAUGUUUGUUUUCUAUUACCACAGUUACUCUCCACGUCUGUUCUUAUGUGCUUUUAUUCAGGGUUAGGGUUUAUUACCUCUGAUCUGCACUCAUCUUUCCAGCAACUGUUCUAAUAACAUGUCAUUCUGUUAAGACCAAAUUGUUUACCUUUAAUUAACCAUCAAAUCCCAUUGAGAUCACAGAACUCUUCAACAGAGUUUUGGGCCUGAAGGCAAGCUAAUGUGCAUGUUUUUGGUGUUCGGUUAUUUUUACGAGGCAUACAAAACUUUGAAAAUUUGACUGUUUUUACACUCUUAUAGAGAAACAAAAGGGUGAAUCAUGCAGUGAUGAAAUCUGUUCUUUGUAUAAAAUCUUUUUUAAUGUGUUGAAAAAAGAAUGUUAAUGGUUUAUGUUCAUUUUUCAAAUAAAAAGAGUCGAAUGGUU